AUGCACAAAUCCGAUGCCCUUGUCGACAAAGUUAUCUACAUAUGUGACCUACUCCAGGAGCUAGACAUGACUCCAAAGUCUUUCAUAAUGGGCUUCCUCCAGCUGGAUAAUUCAAAUCUUAAACUCCGACGAGGCUAUUGGGGUAUCUGGAGGGGCUGGCCGUCCACAUUCACCGUUGUUGGUGCAAUCCGGGAUGAGUUGCUCAGAUCGGCUCCAGGGACUUUGGAGUGGUCUAACUACAUCCGAGAUCAGGCAAUUUGGAUUCUGAGGAGUCAAAAUCCUAGAAGUGGAAUCCACCCAAGAGGUUCUUACAUCAGCUCGUCAGCAAUCACUCCUGAAAUUUUCAAUGAGCAUUCCAAGGAAGAACAUCGACGAAGAUUAACGGCACAUGAGAUGCCUUUCCUCUAUCAAAUGGUAUUGGGUAUGCUCAGUGGGCCAUCCAACGUGAAUGAUACGGACAACAAGGACGACCAAAAGGUGACUUCACCGGUUGAAAAAGCUGCCCUGGCCCCUAUAGAUGCUCUCGAGGAAGAGCUUAUGGAAAGAGAAGGUUUCCGCUACACUAGCGGGAAAACUGGUGUAGAUCAUUCUCUUAGUCGACAUGAAAGGAUUUCAUACACAGUUUGCUCAAUGUUGUCCUUUGCAAAGAACCGACGGCACAAUCCAUUUCAGCUGGAGAACAGCAUCCGAUUUCUUGCUUGUGGGAUAUCUGAGAGGGUUAACGAAUAUUUGCAUCACCUAGGCUUAACUAGCUCGAGACAGACGGCAAUUGAUUCUCUCAAGACACUAUCUUCCUAUGCCCAGGGGCAGUUAACAAGGGUCAUGGCCCUUGAUGUCAACCCUGCCUUUGGGCCAUUUAUCUGCAUAGACAACUUAGAUAUGGAAGAGCGAGUACACAUGGCAUCGGUAGGACAUCGCUCGAUGAUGUUCCAUGGGACCUGGGGCUACAUACACACUCCCCACAAAGCCCUACUAGACUCACUUGACUGGUCCGAAAUCAAUUUGAAUGCAUUCAAUCAGGCAUUACAAACCGUACGGACAAUGUCAAUUACACCCCGGGACUUCUUACCGGACAGGCAAACUGAGGAUCACUAUUGUCUGGUUUGGAAGAGCCAAUUGGCCUCGGUGAUGAUGAAGUACAUUGCAGAGCCAGCCACCAAGGCCGGGGCCUAUCCUAACGAGCCUCCAGAGCUAGAAGUGCUAAGCCCACAAGCACCCAAUUUUCACAUGUUGAAGUUGAUGGAGGAGUCUGACAACUCAGCCGAAGGAAUUGGGCAAGUCAUCGAGUCUGUGCAGAGGCAAACUGGUCUCACCCCUGAAGAGUUUGCAGGUCGGUUACAACCAAUGGAAGGUGACCUUGGCACCUGCCAGAAUUUCAAUACCAUGCGGACAUUACGAAAUCCCAACAAACGAACAAAUGAGAACAUGAACAACAUCACCAUUCAGUUGGGGGCAUCUCACACCCUCUGGAAUAUUGGACAGACUAUUUUUACAACUCACUUUGGAGAUGUGAACAGCUCGGAGAACAUGGGUGCCUGGCGUACCCUAAAUGCUUUGGGCACCCCUCCUAGUAAAGUUCUCCAGAAAAAAGAUUUUACAGGGAUGAUACAACACUUGGAAAGAGUACAUGAAGCAACUCUAUUCCACUGUCUAAGGGUUGUCAUGAAGAUUGACCGGCAGCCCAUAACUGACGAUCGGCCCAAAAUUGAUACUCCCAAAUGGAACCAGAUCAUUGAUGAUUGCUAUCAAAGGUAUUGCUCUCCACAAGCGAGGCGCACUGCCUAUGAGGAGUGUAGUAUCCCCAAACUGCCCAAGAAGAAAAAAUUGUCUGAGGCUGAGGUCGAAUUGCUCAACCAACGACACAGGAGAUCAAAGCUUUCAAAUCUGCUGGGCCGGCUUCAUGACUUCUCAACAGUAGUUGAGGCAAACCGGGCCAUGAAGCAUGGGGACAUAGGCCGCCUGAUUAAUGUAUGGAGGAUGUGGUCGGUGAUGGCACAGUCAUUACCUGGCCUGACCCAUUAUGCAACUUACCUACCCCGGUUAGUACUGCUGUUGACCAAGGUAUUGUCCCCAUCCCUCAGUAAAUACUUCCGGCAUAGCAUGUUGGUUUCUCCCAGUGGUCGUCCUUGCCACUUUGUGGCCAAGGACUUUUUCUUGGAGAACCAUAACUACUGGCUCAAAUUCUUUUUCAACCGUGGCGGCAUCGGAACACAAGUUGACCGCCUGAAGAAUCUAUUUUCUAUGAACAUUCCCCUGCUCCGAUCACUGUUCCUCUCCCUGCAAGUAGACAGUGGCAAGCAUCGAGUGUAUCAAAGUCACAAGGUGACAUUGUCCAAGAGCUCGCUGAAAUCAUUUCAGCAGAUGGCCCACAACAGUGAUAUUCUUAACCAACAUAACCGAACUCAAUAUUACCGUGACCUCACAAUUGACUCUACUUAUGUAGAAGGUCUCGUUUCCUUCCAAGAUAUCAUCUCACACAAAGACAAUGAUCUCAGUCGGCUCCGCUCACACAUACCUAGCCACUAUCAACACACUGAUGAUGAACAUGUUGCUGAGGCACGUGUAAUGCUCAAUUCUGAAGACGAUGCAUUGGGAUCGAUCGACCCAAAGGAUACCAUUUCUAACCCAGAAGAGGUUGAUCCCCCCUCAUCUGACUGCAUGUAA